AUGAGUUACGGCAAAAAAGACGAAGAUGCCGACCUUGGCUUGGUCAAGGUCGACCGCACUCAGGUAUUCCAAGAAGCUCGACUAUUCAACAGUUCGCCCAUCCAACCCCGAAGAUGUCGAAUCCUCUUGACCAAGAUUGCCCUUUUACUCUACACGGGCGAGAAGUUCCCGACCAACGAAGCCACAACCCUAUUCUUCGGCAUCUCGAAGCUGUUCCAGAACAAAGAUGCCAGCUUGCGACAGAUGGUCCACCUCGUCAUCAAGGAACUGGCUUCUUCUGCUGAGGACAUAAUUAUGGUGACAAGUACCAUCAUGAAGGACACGGGUGGCAGCACCGAUGCAAUUUACAGACCUAAUGCCAUUCGGGCCCUGUGCCGGAUUAUAGAUGCGACCACGGUUCAGUCCAUUGAACGGGUUAUGAAGACGGCAAUUGUCGACAAGAACCCCUCGGUCUCCUCCGCAGCCCUUAUUUCCUCCUACCACCUUCUCCCGAUCGCCAAGGAUGUUGUUCGACGAUGGCAAUCUGAGACGCAGGAGGCCGCUGCUUCGACCAAGUCCUCAGGCGGUUUCUCGCUCGGUUUCUCGUCCUCAUCGGCCGCAAUGCCUGUCAAUAACUCCACAAUGGCCCAAUACCACGCCAUUGGCCUACUCUACCAAAUGCGGUCGCACGACAGAAUGGCAUUGGUCAAGAUGGUACAACAGUUUGGCGCCGCUGGUGCUGUCAAGAGCCCUGCUGCGAUUGUGAUGUUGGUACGACUAGCAGCACAGCUGGCCGAGGAGGAUUCUUCGCUACGGAAACCCAUGAUGACAUUGCUUGAUGGUUGGUUGAGACACAAGAGUGAGAUGGUCAAUUUCGAGGCCGCCAAGGCUAUCUGCGACAUGCGCGACGUCACAGACGCCGAGGUCACCCAGGCUGUCCACGUCUUGCAACUGUUCCUGUCUUCGCCCCGAGCUGUCACCAAGUUUGCGGCUCUCCGAAUCCUCCACAACUUCGCCUCCUUCAAGCCGCAUGCCGUCAACUCUUGCAACCCCGAUAUUGAACUUCUCAUAUCCAAUGGCAACCGUUCCAUCGCCACUUUCGCCAUCACUACUCUCUUGAAGACUGGCAACGAAGCGAGCGUGGACCGUCUGAUGAAGCAAAUUACUGGAUUCAUGUCUGAGAUUACCGAUGAGUUCAAGAUCACCAUUGUCGAGGCCAUUCGAACACUGUGCUUGAAGUUCCCAAGCAAGCAGGCUGGCAUGCUUGCUUUCCUCAGUGGUAUUCUGCGAGAUGAGGGCGGCUACGAAUUCAAGCGCGCAGUCGUAGAAAGCAUGUUCGACCUGAUCAAGUUUGUUCCAGACUCCAAGGAGGAUGCACUUGCUCACCUCUGCGAAUUCAUCGAGGACUGCGAGUUCACCAAGUUGGCCGUCCGAAUUCUGCACCUCCUCGGUCUCGAGGGGCCGAAGACCACCCACCCCACAAAGUACAUCCGUUAUAUCUACAACCGAGUUGUGCUAGAGAAUGCCAUUGUCAGAGCCGCGGCUGUGACCGCUCUGGCCAAGUUUGGUGUUGGACAAAAGGACCCCGAAGUCAAGCGCAGUGUCGAUGUUCUCUUGACCAGAUGUUUAGACGAUGUAGACGACGAAGUCCGUGAUCGCGCAGCUUUGAACCUGCGAUUAAUGCAUGAGGAAGAUGAAAUGGCAGAACGUUUUAUCAAGAGUGAAACUAUGUUCUCUCUCCCAUAUUUCGAGCACCAACUUGUCAUGUAUGUCACGUCCGAUGACAAGGAUAGUUUCGAUUCACCCUUCGACAUCAACAAGAUACCGGUGGUUACCCGUGAACAAGCAGAUGCCGAGGACCGGACUAAGAAGCUCACCGCCUCGACACCCUCGCUCAAGCCCCCAAAGACCGGACCGUCCAAGGCUACUCCAAGCGGUGCGGACGCACAAGCCUCGGCCGCCGCGGCUGCCCAGAAGUACGCCCAGGAGCUCAUGGCAAUUCCGGAGAUGAACGAAUUCGGUAGUGUUCUAAAAUCCUCUACUGUCACUGAACUUACCGAGGCUGAGACCGAGUACGUUGUCUCCGUCAUCAAGCACAUUUUCAAGGAGCACAUUGUUCUCCAAUACGAGGUCAAGAACACCCUUCCGGCAACUGUGCUGGAGAAUGUGUCCGUGGUUGCUGCACCUUCGGAAGAGGAAGAACUUGAGGAGGUCUUCAUCAUCCAGGCCGAAAAGCUUGCUACAGAUGAGCCUGGCAAGAUUUAUGUGGCGUUCAAGAAGGUGAACGGCGAGGCAUCUAUGCCUACAAGCACCUUCUCGAACAUACUCAGGUUCAACCUCAAGGAAAUCGACCCCUCAACCAACGAGCCAGAGGAGGAAGGCUACGAUGACGAGUAUGAGGUGGGCGAGUUUGACCUUGCUGGCAGCGACUAUGUGAUCCCGGCAUUCGCAGGUAACUUUGCACACAUCUGGGAGCAGGUUGGAGCCGCAGGGGACGAAGCGGAAGAGACUUUCCAGUUGUCAGGGGCCAACAGCAUUGCAGACGCAACAGAACAACUGGCCAAGACGUUGUCAUUACAGCCGCUGGAGGGAACCGACGUACCGGUAAACCAAACGACACAUCAACUUAAGUUGUUGGGCAAGACGGUGAAUGGUGGCCGAGUGCUGGCUAACAUCAGGAUGGCGUACUCAUCGAAAUCUGGUGUGACGACCAAGAUGGUAGUGCGCAGCGAAGAAGAAGGGGUGGCUGCUAUGGUGGUGGCAUCAGUCGCUUAA